UCCGCCUGCUCUCAUCCCUGGCCCCCGCACGCCCUCGGAUCAGCCCGCCGGGGGACGGUUGACUCCCUAGCGACGGUGCCGAGCGGACUGGGUGAGCCAGGUGCGCGGGGCAGAGGUGACACCACAGUCCGUUAUUCCCCACGACUUUCCCGAUGCCCUAGAGCCGCGCAACCCUGCGACGCGUAGACGCAAGAGGAACGCUAGGCCCAGAGUACUGGUGAGAGGGGCGCGGUGCCCCCGUCCGCUUAGUCGGCCGACCAUAGAGCUUUCAGACCUCCAGGAUUCCUAGAGAGCUCCCGGAAGUGGCUUGGGGCAAGAUGCUUGCUGGCCGGUGCUGUGCCUCCGCACGUUUGGAAGUUAGGGGCUGGAGGGGCCUGGUCCGGUUACAGCCUUCGCCCCUUUUUCUACCAGCCCUCCCUCCAGGUCUGUCCACACUUUGCAGCCUCACUUCCCCACCCGGGCCGCCGCUGGAACUCACGAAGUACCCUUAAAGAAGAGGCCCUCAGAAGGUUCUCUUAAGAAGAUAAAGUAGUGGAAACGAGUCUCCUGAGCUUUUCUGGCCCUAAAUGGCUGCAGAAUCAAGGAAGCCUUUAGCCCCAUCCCCACCAGACCAGGCUCCUGAAGAGGACCUUGUAAUCAUCAAGGUAGAGGAAGAUCAUGGUUGGGACCGGGAAUCAAGUCUACAUGAAAAUAACCCUCCUGGCCAAGAGCUGUUCCGCCUGCGCUUCAGGAAGUUAUGCUACCAAGAGACACUAGGACCCCGAGAAGCUCUGAUCCAACUCCGAGCACUUUGCCACCAGUGGCUGAGGCCAGAUUUGAACACCAAGGAGCAAAUCCUGGAGCUGCUGGUGCUGGAGCAGUUCUUGACCAUCCUGCCUGAGGAGCUCCAGACUCUGGUUAAGGAACAUCAUCUAGAGAAUGGAGAGGAGGUGGUGACUCUAUUGGAGGAUUUGGAAAGGCAAAUUGAUAUACUAGGACGGCCAGUCCCUGCUCGUGCACAUGGACAUAGGGUACUCUGGGAGGAGGCCGUGCAUUCCAAAUCUGCACCAGAGCCUCCGGAUACUCAGCUCCAACCUGUGGCAACCCAGCACAAAUCUCCAGUGCUCCAAGGGCCACAAGACAGAGCCAUAUCUGCUUCACAGAGUCCUACUCCUUCCCAGAAAGGAAGUCCUCGAGACCAGGAGAUGACAGCUACACUUCUUACAGCAGGGUUCCAGACUUUGGAGAAGAUUGAAGACAUGGCUGUGUCCCUAAUUCGAGAGGAAUGGCUUCUUGAUUCAUCACAGAAGGAUCUGAGUAGAGAUAACAGGCCAGAGAAUUACAGAAACAUGUUCUCCCUGGGUGGUGAGACCAGGAAUGAGAACAGGGAAUUAGCUUCAAAACAGGUAAUAUCUACUGGAAUCCAACCACAUGGAGAGACAGCUGCCAAAUGCAACGGGGAUGUUAUCGGGGGUCUUGAGCAUGGAGAAGCCCGAGACCUUCUGGGCACAUUAGAGAGGCAGCGGGGAAAUCCCACCCAAGAGAGACGACAUAAAUGUGAUGAAUGUGGGAAGAGCUUUGCUCAGAGUUCAGGUCUUGUUCGCCACUGGAGAAUCCACACUGGGGAGAAACCCUAUCAGUGUAAUGUGUGUGGUAAAGCCUUCAGUUACAGGUCAGCCCUUCUUUCCCAUCAGGAUAUCCACAACAAAGUAAAACGCUACCACUGUAAGGAGUGUGGUAAAGCCUUCAGUCAAAACACAGGCCUGAUCCUGCACCAGAGAAUCCAUACUGGGGAGAAGCCGUAUCAGUGCAAUCAGUGUGGGAAGGCUUUCAGUCAGAGUGCGGGCCUUAUUCUGCACCAGAGAAUCCACAGUGGGGAGAGACCCUAUGAAUGUAAUGAGUGUGGGAAAGCUUUCAGUCAUAGCUCACACCUCAUCGGACAUCAGAGAAUCCACACUGGGGAGAAGCCCUAUGAGUGUGAUGAGUGUGGGAAAACCUUCAGGCGGAGCUCACAUCUUAUUGGCCAUCAGAGAAGCCACACUGGGGAGAAACCCUACAAAUGCAAUGAGUGUGGGAGGGCCUUCAGUCAAAAGUCAGGCCUUAUUGAACAUCAGAGAAUCCACACUGGAGAAAGACCCUAUAAAUGUAAAGAAUGUGGCAAGGCUUUCAAUGGGAACACUGGCCUCAUUCAGCAUCUGAGAAUUCACACAGGGGAGAAGCCCUAUCAAUGUAAUGAGUGUGGGAAAGCCUUUAUUCAGAGGUCAAGUCUAAUUCGACAUCAGAGAAUCCACAGUGGAGAAAAAUGGUAUAAAUGCAGUGAGUGUGGAAAGAAGUUUGCCCAGACCUCAAGCCUUGUUCGACAUCGGAGAAUCCACACCGGAGAGAAACCCUAUGAGUGUGAUCACUGUGGAAAAGCCUUCAAUGCGCGCUCAACCCUCACUGUGCAUGAAAGAAUCCACACUGGUGAGAAACCCUAUACUUGUAAUGAGUGUAGGAAAGCAUUCAGUGUGAGGGCGCACCUAAUUAUACAUCAGAGAAUCCACAAUGGAGAGAAACCCUAUGAAUGUAAUGAAUGUGGCAGAGCAUUUAGUGUGAGCUCAGACCUCAUCAAACAUCAGAGAAUCCACUCUGGUGAGAAACCUUAUGAGUGUGAUGAGUGUAGGAAAGCCUUCAGCGUGAGCUCAGACCUCAUCAAACAUCAGAGAAUCCACACAGGAGAGAAGCCAUAUGAGUGUAAGGAGUGUGGGAAGGCCUUCUAUGUGAACUCAGCCCUUAUUAAUCACCAGAGGAUUCAUUCUGGAGAAAAGCCCUAUAAGUGUGGAGAAUGCAGGAAAGCAUUCAGCCAGAUCUCAACUCUUAUUCUUCAUCAGAGAAUCCAUACUGGAGAGAAACCGUACGAGUGUGACGAGUGUGGGAAAGCAUUCCGUGGGAGCUCUAAUCUUACUAAACACCAAAAAAUACAUGCCAAAGGAAAGUGUCAUCAGGCGGGCACCGGAAGUGGCCUCGUGGCCCUGGGCGCCUUUUGCUCGGCCGUUUUGGGUUCCUGGUUGGCCCGGCGGGAUGGUGGCUUAAGAUUUUGCCUUAACUACCUGCCAGGGCUAGUCUCCAGGGAGCGCCAGUCAUCCCCAGAGCUGCGGUUCCUGGUAUGUAAGACAAGUGAAUCCUAUCCUGAGCCAUUGCACUCUAAGAUGUCCACCAAGUUGAGAGAACAUGCAGCCUUGACUCCUGUGGUGCACACUCGAGAGGAGCAGGAGGGACUGAGAAUCGUGAAGGUAGAGGAAGAGGAGAACCAUGCUUGGGAGCAGAAGCCUCGCCAAGUAGGGAAUGUGCACCCUUAUCAGGAACUUUUCCGCCAGUGCUUCAGGCAGUUCCGUUACCAGGCGGCCCCUGGACCCCGAGAGGCUCUGAGCCGGCUCCGGGAGCUCUGCCAAAAGUGGCUGCGGCCUGAGAUGCACACCAAGGAGCAGAUCCUGGAGCUGCUGGUGCUGGAGCAGUUCCUGACCAUCCUGCCCGAGGAGCUGCAGGCCAGGGUAUGGGAAUAUCAUCCAGGGAGUGGAGAGGAAGUGGUGACUGUGCUGGAAAAUCUGGAGACAGAACUUGGAGACAAAGGACAACAGGUCCAAGCCAGUGCACAUUACAAACAAGAAGUGCUGUGGAAGGAAGUAGGACCUGUAAGCCUCGCAAAGCAGUCACUUAACAUCCAGCUGAAGUGUGAUCCUUGGGAGCAUUUUCCUCUGCAAGAGAAUGCAGGAGCUGAGACCAGGAAUAUGACUGGUGAAUUUGCUCCAAAGAAGAUUUCUGCAGAAAUGAAUUCAUUGGGUGCUUUCCAGGAUCCAAAGUGUGGAGAAACUUUUCAAUAUAGGGGUAAAUCAGAACAGCAAAAGGUCAACCCCAUGAGAGUAAAACGACACAAAUGUAAGGAGUGUGGAAAGGCCUUUGCUCAGAGCUCAGGGCUUGUUCGACAUUGGAGAAUUCACACUGGAGAGAAACCUUAUAAAUGCAAUCAAUGUGGAAAAGCAGUCAGUUAUAAAUCAGCCCUUCUUUCACACCAGGAAAUUCAUAAUAAAAUAAAACGCUAUCAGUGUAAUGAAUGUGGGAAAGCCUUCAGUCAAAACACAGGCCUGGUUCUUCAUCAGAGGAUCCAUACUGGGAAAAGACCUUAUGGAUGUAAAGAGUGCGGUAAAUCCUUUAGUCAAAGUUCACACCUUAUUGGACAUCUGAGAAUCCAUACUGGAGAGAAACCCUUCAAAUGUAAUGAGUGCGAGAGGGCCUUCACUCAGAGGUCAGGACUCAUGGAACAUCAGAGAAGUCACACUGGAGAGAAACCGUAUAUGUGUAAGGAAUGUGGGAAAGCUUUCCGAGGGAGCACCAGCCUCACUCAGCACCUGAGGAUCCACACUGGGGAGAAGCCCUAUCAGUGUGAGGAAUGUGGACGAGCCUUUAUUCAGAGGUCAAGCCUUGUUCGUCAUCAGAGGAUCCACAGAGGGCAGAAGUCUUUUCUGUAUCCUAAUUGUAAGAAGGCCUUUAAUCAUAAAUCAGGCCUUACUGAACACUUUAGAAAGCUAUGCUGAAUACAGACCCACUGUGUAAUAAAUUCAAGAAAUUAGGGAUGUGGUGUCUCCAUUGUUAUUCUAAGUAGCCAAACUAGAAGAGAUUCUGAUACCAUCCAACAGAUUGAAAGAAGCUGGUAGCUUGUCAA